CCCGGUCCGCGCCCUGCCUGGCGCGGCCUCCUUGCCGCCGCCUGCUCGCACCGCCCGGCGCCCGAGCUGCCCGCGGGCUGGGUCCCCGCGGCCGGAGCCGCCCCGGCGGGGCCCCCAAACGAGGCCGAGAUGACUUCCAAGGAGGAUGGCAAGGCGGUGCCAGGGGAGGAGCGGCGGCGCAGCCCGCUAGACCACCUGCCACCGCCCGCCAACUCCAACAAGCCGCUGACGCCGUUCAGUAUCGAGGACAUCCUCAAUAAGCCGUCUGUGCGGAGAAGUUACUCGCUGUGCGGGGCGGCGCACCUGCUGGCCGCCGCGGACAAGCACGCGCCGGGCGGCUUGCCCCUGGCGGGCCGCGCGCUUCUCUCGCAGACCUCGCCGCUGUGCGCGCUGGAGGAGCUCGCAAGCAAGACGUUUAAGGGGCUCGAGGUCAGCGUCCUGCAGGCAGCGGAAGGUCGUGAUGGGAUGACCAUCUUUGGGCAGCGGCAGACCCCCAAGAAGCGGCGAAAGUCCCGCACAGCCUUCACCAAUCACCAGAUUUACGAGUUGGAAAAGCGCUUCCUAUACCAGAAGUACCUGUCCCCAGCAGAUCGCGACCAAAUCGCGCAGCAGUUGGGCCUCACCAACGCACAGGUCAUCACCUGGUUCCAGAAUCGUCGUGCCAAGCUCAAGCGGGAUCUGGAGGAGAUGAAGGCCGACGUGGAGUCCGCCAAGAAACUGGGCCCCAGCGGGCAGAUGGACAUCGUGGCGCUGGCAGAACUCGAGCAGAACUCGGAGGCCGCAGGCGGCGGUGGCGGUGGCUGUGGCAGGGCCAAGUCGAGGCCGGGUUCUCCUGCACUCCCCCCAGGCGCCCCGCAGGCCCCGGGCGCCGGGCCCUUGCAGCUCUCGCCCGCCUCCCCGCUCACGGACCAGAGGACCAGCAGCCAGGACUGCUCGGAGGAUGAGGAAGACGAAGAGAUCGACGUGGACGAUUGAGCGGCGCCUUGUGUCUUUCGCCGCCCUGGGCCCCAAGCGCCCGCACACCCGCCGCCUCCCGGACCGACCGCCGAGGGGAGCUGGGACCUCCUCUGCAACUCCCGCCUCCUCCCUUGUCCCAGGGCCCGGACUCGGCUCCCAGCAGCCGCCUCUUCCCUCUCGAAGCAAUAAACCCGGGCUGGCUGCCGGGCGGGCUGCUAUACACGGCUUCCGACGCUCCGGAAGCCCUCGCCGUGCAAUUCUGUAUGGCUUCUGUAUAAAUAUUUAAACCUAUAUAGCAGGUUCUUCCCA